AUGCCCUCCGACUCUCCAGUUCACCGUGAGGCAGGCUCUUCGCCUCAGUCUCGCUCCUCCUCCCCUGCAGGGGUCGACACGCUGACCCUCCGUGCCAUCGUUAGCACUAAGGAUGCUGGUGUCAUUAUUGGCAAGGCUGGCAGGAAUGUCGCCGACCUCAGGGAUCAGACCGGUGUGAAGGCCGGCGUCAGCAAAGUUGUCCCUGGUGUGCAUGAGCGUGUCCUGACCGUGAGUGGCUCGGUGGAGGGUGUGGCCAAGGCAUAUGCUCUCAUUGUCUCCCAACUCGUGAGCGCAAACCCCUCUUCUCCUGUCUCGGCAAACCCUUCGUCACCAAACACCGCCAUCCGUCUUCUUAUUUCACACAAUCUCAUGGGCAGCGUCAUCGGACGCGGCGGGCUCAAGAUCAAGGCUAUUCAAGACUCUUCCGGCGCGCGCAUGGUGGCGUCCAAGGAUAUGCUUCCGCAGUCGACGGAACGAAUUGUGGAGGUCCAGGGAACCGCUGAUUCCAUUGGCCGCGCCAUUGAAGAGAUCGGUCGGUGUCUGCUGGAGGACUGGGAGAGGGGCCAGGGUACUGUCCUGUUCCAUCCGGGCACGGGGGAGGAGAGGUCGGGCCGACGGUCUUCCAACGCUGGCCGACGGUACAAUGGUGAAUCGACAUCCGGCCGCGGGCGCACGUCUCCUUCACCAGGAUCCCCAUCACAGCAACCGACCAACCUCCGUACACAGAACAUAUCCAUCCCGUCCGACAUGGUGGGUUGCAUUAUCGGUCGAAAUGGCACGAAAAUUACAGAGAUUCGACGCCUCUCCGGAUCCAAAAUCUCUAUUGCCAAGGAGCCUCAUGACGAGACUGGAGAGAGAAUGUUCACCAUCGUGGGUACUCCGGAAGCGAACGAGAAGGCUCUCUUUCUUCUCUACCACCAGCUGGAGAGCGAGAAAGAAAGGCGAGUAGGCAGGGAUCAACAACAGCAGGAGGAAGCUCAAGAUUGA